CAACACUUCCGUCUUUGUCUUUCCUUCCUUCUUCGAUCGGACAUUGAAAUUGAAGAUGGCUACGCUGGAUGUGCCAUCAUCACCAUCGGAUACCAUACGACCACAAAGAAGGAGAGAUACCGACAGUUCAGGUAUAAGUGAAGAUGAUGUGGCAGCAUUACGUUCAGCCGAUAUAGAUAUAGAUGGCAGCAAUCAUGACACGACAAAGACAUCACUACCUUCUUUCUCGAUAGACCCUUCUGAAUCUUCAUCGAAACCGCAGUCCUCUGCACCAUCCAACUCUGCUGCUCCAAAGGGAAGAGGCAUCACUAUGUCAUCGCUAAGGAGCCUACUUGGAGUCCCCGCCACCCCGGCCACUGCUGCAACUUCCUCAUCAGCAGCAUCCUCAUCUUCUAACGGUUCCCUUGCUACUCCUUUAAGGCCAGCAGUAAAAUCAAAUGGAGCAGGUUUACUAGGAGUACCACCAAGCACCACCGCAAGAACUGCACCUCCUGGCAUUGGAGGUGCAUCAGGUGCAUCUCUCACACCAGGCAGGAUAAAUGUUACAGAUGGAGAAGAUGGAAGGACUCUCUUGACGAGUGAGAUUGCUCCUAAGCGUAAAAAGGUUGUCCUCGAGCCUGGUUGUAGUGCACUGGACUGGGCAAGAACGAAACAGGAGAUUCUCGCUAAACGAAUGCAAGCCGGACCGCAAAGUAUGGCAAUGAAGAGGAUCACAAAGGAAGAACUGAAAAAGCAUAAUACACGAGAGGAUGCUUGGUCGGCAUUCCAAGGAAAGGUGUAUGAUCUAACGCCUUAUCUCAAAUUUCAUCCUGGAGGUAAACAAGAAUUGAUGAGAGUAGCAGGACGUGAUGGUACGCGAUUAUUCAGUGAGUGUGUAGUGACAGAAGAUAUACAAAAAAUUCUCUCUGACAGUUAUCUCCUCAUUCAGUGCUUACACAUUCUUGGGUUAAUAUUGACGCAAUGAUUGAUGUAUGUUGUGUUGGAGUUCUCGUUUCGGAAUAAAAUGAUCGGAUUGUAUUUGUAUUCUACUGCA